CACACACACUGGACUGAGACUGACACACACACACACACACACACACACACACACUGAGACAGACAAGGAGACAUGCACACACACAGCUUUAUGCUCACAGUAAUGGUAUAUAUAAAUAUAUAUUUGUUAAAGCCAUUUGUAUGAGCUACGCCUUGCUGGGGGGGGCAGAGAGGUGGACCGUGGGCAGUGGAUGGUCUUGACUUAUGCGUGGCCUGAUCUCACCAGACACUGGACGAGAACCUUCAGCAGAACUCUUUGAGGGGAUAGCCUUAAACACUGCCCAUCCUCCCCCCAGCACCCUACCCCCCAUCCUCACCCCCACCCCCCUUGAGGUACAGACUGAUAUAAACCAAACAAAGAAACAAACGGAUGUCAACGAAUGUAAACACCUUCCAUUAUCUUAUCAGGGUUUCUACCGGACACUGGACAUCAGUUCCCAAAAUGAACUCUAUUACUCCUUUGGGCAUUUCCAUGUUUGUUGUCUUGUCAGUUCUCUUGUCAAUCAAUCAAUCUGCUAUCAUUCCAGCUAUGUGUUUACUUUGAUUAAGUUUAGUUUUUUGUUUUUUUUUUGUAAUUAAGGAAUUACGAAAUCCUGGGGGUCAGUUAGUUGAAAUUGUGAACUGAAUUGAGGGCAUACAGUGGGAUAAAUGUAAUUUUCUAAGUUACCGUUGCUUCUGUUGUAAAGGGUUGGUGUUUGCAUGUGGUUUGAAGGUAACUUCUUGCCACGGAUAUCGAGUUUGGAACAGGAGCACGUUUGGGCAAAGGCACUGCGAUAGGAUAGUGACAUGUUUUAUCUCUCGUGAGGCAUGAUGGGUACUUUCACCGCACACUGGCAGUGGUUGCUUUGUUUUUUGUCAUUUAUUUUCUCGGUUGUCGUUUGUUUUUAUUUUGGUUUGGUUUGUGCACAUUUCAUUUUGCAGAGUUGUUUUUUUUAUGAAUGCUGUCCUUAGAUGCGGUUUGCUGUCAAACUGUUGCUUUUCUUUUGCUGCUCUUUUUGUCCCUCUCCACAUGCCUUCCUCACUUUACCCUUAUGCACUAGCACAGGAGUAUUUCGUUUCGACUAAAUAUUUCUACUUGAUUCUCAAAGUGUACAUUUUAGGUCUGUAUAACCUUAUUUUUGUGUUUGUGUACUAUUCCAUCUGUAUAAAUAUGUUGAGCUUUGUGUAUAUUUGUAUGAAAUAGUUGCUGCAGGCUAGUCUAUAUUCUGAAUCUGAAACACUUUGAUCUUUAGGCUGCUUCACCAAAUGUGUUUGGCUACUGAUUCCUAUGUGCAAUAGAAGAAUUUUGGAGAGAAUGUCGAGAUUCCUUUAGCUGGACGAGGGGAUCGCCUUGAUGAAUUAUUUAUUUGUUUUUCUCUGACGGUGCCCAAAAUUUGGACACUGGCUUGUGGCUUAGUCGUACAUCAAGUGCUUUUAUUUAUUUGAAUGCCGUUUUCUGUGAAGGCGGGCAACGCGGCUCACGCUAAUUGCUUUGGUUCCUUCGGCCUGGUAGGGCAGACUGGAUUUUGAGAAAAUGAUUGAGGUUGAAGAGGCAGAGCCCACGGGUUGUUUAGUCGGAUUGAACGUUCCCGGCGAAACCAAGAGAGGACCGUUACUACCUGAAGGCUGUUCAAUCGGACGGGACACUUCCAGUGACACUGAGAGACGGUUUGUGUGCUGAGCCGUUCGCACCUAUAGCCCAUUUAAUCCAAUCGGACAUUCCAAGUGCAGUCAUUAAAAAUGAGAUACAGGUGAACACCCUUCUUUUUGCCUGCAGAGCUGAAUGGACUGUGAACUGAGGUUGUUUGAAAUUGUUGUUGCAUCCCUGCUCUUCACUUUGUCACUUUUGGAAUAGUGAGAGCUCGCAAUUGAGCUCUUUCAAAGUCGAAAGAGACGUCCCCCACGAAUGUCCCCUUAGCCCGGACCGCUGUCUCUUUGCUGCCUCUCGCCUCCCUGCUUCAUGUUGGAAAAAUGGUGUUUUGGAGUGAAGCGAUCUCCGGUUCACUCGUUUAACACGUGAGCUGUUUUACAGCGCGAGGCCCAGCUAUCCAGGAGUCCCUGUUUUGGUUCAAACGCUCGUCCUCCCAUCUCUACGAGUCUCUUCUUCAUUUCUUCUUCUCUCCUCCUCCUCCUCCCCUCUAUGCAGUGUGCACUGCCCUGGUUUACUCGUCAUGUUCUGUGAAGUUUCUUUUAACACACUCCUUUUCCACUCCAUUCAGUGAAGGCUGUAUGGAAAAAAUGUUUUGUGCAGUUUUUUUUUUUUCUUCUGCGCUCUCGCUCUCGUACUGGUUGUGUUUUUGUUUGAGGUGAUCUUCUGGUUCUCAGGAGACUUUGUUUCCAGUGAGACCAACUGUAUGUUACACUGGGUAACGGGUUUCGGGAUUUGAAUCGGCAGGACCACAGAGACGAGUUGGUCGCAGUCACAUGAGUCUUUUUGCGAAGGAGGGCAUUGCUUUAUGUUUUGAGUGUUGUGAUCGCUUCAUGAAGAAAUUCUAAGUCCUCAAACCUGAGGUUAGAAACCGCUUUAGAUGUCUGUGGACAAUAACUUGCGUUUUAAUUUUUUUGAAAGCAUUGUUUUUAUGCUCGUGAACUGAAUCGCAUUUCAGAAUUGUCAAUACUUUAAGCAAGGCACAGGAAAUGAUUUGGAACUUUAACCCAUUGUUGAUUUUUAAACAUGAGUCUAUUAAUGUGGAAGGAGCAUCCCAGUACCCCAAAGGUAAAUCAAUUUUUCUGGGUUAGCAGGUUUUCAGAGACCAAUGUUUUUAGUCCAAUAGUGGUUAAGUAAAUGAUUAGUGUAUGGGUAGAAGUUCUGCUGGAUAAAUUUAAACCCAGUUGAAUAGAAUACUCAACUUUCAUAGACCACCCAGCUUUUGGAAACCAUAAUGCAAUGCAUUGCUGACUGUCACCUGACAAUCAAGAGACAUCUCUAUUCAUUCACAUCUCCUGCAAUCCGGUUACAAUCUGUAAGUGUCUGUUCAAUCAGAGCUCUUGCAUUCUGGUCACUUGGCAGUCCAGAGGUGUCUGUACAGCCAAUACCUUUUCGUUCCCAUAGCACUGUUUGUCCAAUCAUAUAUCAUCCAUUCCAGUGUACUGAUCAUUUUAAAUUUGAGUGUAGACACCCACAUUCUGACAUGCUUUUUGUGUAUUUGCGUUUGUUGCUUUGGUUCUUUUUUGUUUUGUUGGCUUUUCAUCAUGUAUCGUGUAGACAUUUUCUCCAUGUUACCAAUACUAUUUUUAAAUUGAUGAAUCCUUGAAUUUUGUGUGUUUGUGUUGUGUGUGUUCGUGUUUGUGUGUGUGUGUGUUAAGGCUAGCCAUGUCACAGGCAGAUAGUUACACUCUACAUGUUACUGGGGUCAAUUUUAGUUUUUCAGAGGACUCAUACAAGGACCUUUCCCAUCAAACCUGCAGAUAUACAACCUGGAAAAUAAUUCUAUUAUCUUCUCAAAAUAAGCAAACUAUUCCUUUUUAGAUGUGUGUGUGUGUAUGGCUGUAACCAGAGAGAAAAUUGAAACAUGUCUGUGAAAUUAUGAAAUGUAAUUAGCAAUUCUGCUAACUUUUAAAUAUGAUUUUUGUUUGUUUUUUGUUUUCUGGAAUUUAAUAUUUUUGUCUUGCAUUUUAGGAUGUGACUACCACAUUUCCAAGGGACUUACUUUAGUUCAUUUUGGAGAAUUUGGGGAAAAAACUGGAACUAUAUCUCACUUGAAGUGUACAUACUGUUUUAUUAAAUAAAGCUCUGUACAUACAAAAUUGUGCUGCCUAUGUGGGAACUCAAUUACCCUGUGCAUCUAUUGCACAACAUAUGGUCAACAUUUAUUCUCAUCUUGGAGCCUUAAUAUUGCCAUUUAUUAACUCCUUUUAACAAGGUCCAAAAUUCAUUGUAUUUUUUAGAUUAAGUAUUUUCUUGGUGAUGACCUCUAACAUAUGAGAUCAAUAGUACUACCAUUCUGUAAUUUAUUUUUUUCUGGUGAACAUGAAACACCACUGGCUGUUCAUUCAUUUUGAUUCCAUUUAUAUUGACUAAUGUUCACCUUGCAUUCUAAGUGCCCUGUCACAUAUUGCAUUCAGGGAUCACAUUUGGCAUUUUCCAUAGACUAAGGAAGUGUGAUACUAAAGGUGAUUAUAUAGAAUUAAAGUGACUUUUCCCAUCAGAAAAUAAAUCCUACUAAUAACGAUAAUGGCACACAUUAAUAGUAUUUUUAUUUAUGUGCAGUGAUUUGUAACAUUUUCAGACUGUAUUCCUUUAACACACUUGUAUAACGGUUCGCAUUGCUCUUAUGGAUGCACUUGUGUCUCUUUCAUUGUAAAUCCUUAUUGAUAACAGACUAACAGAACGUAAUGUAAAUGUAAAAUAACCUGAUGGAAACCAAGCCAAAAUUGAACAUCCUAUGCACACAUGCAUGCAUUCGCACUCAGCGUUUUAUCCAAGUGCAUUCCGGUGACCUUGAGGCUCUUGGCUCUGUAUCGAUUUUUCCCGUUUGCAGUUAUCUUGGUAAAACACUAGGGGGUUCCAAAUCCCAAUUAUGUACCUGAAAACAGGAAGGCAAAAACUCAUUUCUGACUGCAAAAUUACAUUGGUUUCAGCUAUAAAAUCACAUGUCUUGCACGUAAGAAACCACGCCUAACGUCCUGGGGUAUUUGGGUGCCUGCAUUCAGCAAAGCCACAAAGGCACUCCAGCAUGACUCCAGCUCUGACCUGCGUUUAGGGUGUGAGCAGAGAUGGCAUCUUUCCUGGCGGUUGCUAUCGAGGUUCUGUGUGUGGCAUUUCUGUGGUUUCCUUCAACAGAACAAAAUAUGGAAAUGCCAUCAUAUGGCCAGUACUGUCUAAAAAUAGAGCCAGUCACGAGUUCCCCAUCUGAUGAGAAGCCUGUGACCCGACAAGCACCUACCAGCCAAACAUUUAUGAGCCCAUCACAAGCCGGCCAACCAUCGACCAGUCUACCACCAACCUCCCAGUCACGGUGUAUUACUCAAACAGUCAAAAAUGACAAAAGAGUUGUAGCACCAGGUGCCUGUGCCUGUCCUAAGACACAAACACCUCUCACUUAUUACCGCAUCAACGACAUACUCAGCAUGCAGAUCAGAGCUCCCAAUCCAAGCUGCAAAUCCUUCUUUAUUUUCUUUGCUCUGAAGUUGAAUGUCCCGGAUAUAUGCAUGGCCGUUGCUCCUGAAUAUAAGGAGAAGUAUAUAAACCUGAUGGCGAAUGUCAAGGCAACACAAAUGUCUUUUGGUGUGGUUCAGCGCUGCAGGUGCGUCCAGGGGAGGGAGAUCCCUGUCUCGGCUCCGAUCAGAAGCCUGCGCAUCUUCUUCCCCAGUCCACAGUGCAACAACGUAGAGAUCAUUGCCACCUUGGAAAGGCAUCAACAACACAUCUGUGUGAGCACCAGGACGCCUGCAGUCAACCGUUUUAUCAAGGACACGAUGUUAAUUGUCAACUUCCUUCCUUCAAAUUAAAAGGCUUUUCUCGCUCUACUAUCACUGAUAAAUAGUUUAAGCAUUGCCGUUAAUCACAGCUAUAGAUGCAGGUGUUGUAGCAGCCAGUGACUGUCCAGUUCACACCAUUAAUUCCUGCACAUUGAGCCAUUGCUUAUAUGCUCCUUUCUAGGGUUUCUUGCAGAAAAAUGUCAACCCAGAGAAAUUUUUUUUGGCCAGAUGUACCAUUCACCUAUUCAUAAAAACUGUAAAAGCCUGUCUAUGUGUGAUAUUAGCACACAUCCAACGCCAAAUCCACACCUUACAUCAGAUGUUCAAACACUUCUGCAACCUUUUUGGAGUUUUUGAAUAGGGAUAUUACUGAGCUAUAUUACAUCAUUGUUAAAUUGGAGCGGUAGAUGAUUCAUAAGGAUGUACAAAGUCUGGUCUAAUUUCAAGUAUUUUGACAAUAUUUUUAAAGGCAAAACUGUCACACAGUGCCUGUUCCACACCAGUUAAAUGGUACUAUACUAAUUUAAAUUUUGAGGUCUAUUAGGUUGAUGAACAUUAUAUUGAAUAUCUGUUGGAAAGACCAUUUUGUAUUUUUUUAUAUUGGUGUAGAAUAUAUUUGGUGUUCAUUUUGUGUUUUUGUCUCUGUGUCCAUUUGGUGAAUUUCCUGUUUUGACACUUUUCUAAUGGUGACAGGAACCCACAUCUCAUUGAUAAUCUAUGACUGCAGUUUCCCUUUCCUUUUUGAGAUCCAAUCUAUAUUUCAAAGAGAAAACAAGCAUUUAAAUACCUAGACCUGGAUUGAAAUCAAACAUAUAUAUAUAUAUAUAUAUAGCACACUCACCAUUCACUCACACCUAUGGGCAAUUUAGAGUCUCCAGUAAGCCCACCUGCAUUUCAUUGGAAACCCAUGUGGACAUGGAGAAAACAUGGAAACUCCACACAAAAAGGCCCAGGCUGGGACCAUCUUGCUGUGAGGCGACAGUGCUACCCAAAGCACCACCAUUUUUGGGGAUAUUAUUUAGCAAAUGCGUGGUUGUGGAGAAGGUGGACUGUCAACCAGACAGCACAGUUAAGAGGAGCAGGUGUACUGUACGCGACAGGUGAUGUACUUGCUCCAUUAUUACCCCUCCCCAGCUCCCCGCCAUUAUCAACCCGGUCCCCAGUCUGGCUCCACUUUGUCAGCUUGUGAGAUGUUGAGAAGUCACUCUGGAUAAAAAAAUAUCUGCUGGAUAAAUGUAAUAAUAAACUUACUGCGGUCACUA